ACCUUUCACGUUUGCCGUAAACGAGUUAAAAUUAAUUAAAUUUUCCCGCCACUGAUUUCGGGUCUUUCUUCACUGGUGUCUUCCCAAAGCGCGGGGAAACCCCAAGAAGUGAUACUUCCGCAUAACUUGAAGGCUUUACUUUCGAAACAAGACACUCCUUCGUCUAAAUAAAGGAUUAUGAUAAAUACAAUAAUUUCGCUUUCAUCUUGAAGAGAAUUAAAUUUCAAAACAUCUUUAAACUAUCUUCAAAACGCGUAGAACUCGAAGCGUAAAACAUGGCUAUUAAAUUUGUCUCUCGUCUUACAACCCUGCUCAAAAGUUCCUUCAAGACUUCAGGCUCUACAUUGAAAAAUAUCUUAGUUUUAGUUCUUGUUUUCGGGUUGGAGAGAAUCUUCGAAAAAGAUAUUUUCAAGUGUCCGAGAAGGAAAUACUUCCUCUACGGUUCGCUCUUCCUCUUCUGUCCUGCAGUUUGCCUGUUUAGCUUGACUCUUCUUCUCAACACAAAGUUCUGGGAGGUCUUAACCGGCUGUCAUUUGAAUAGAUUCCGACCUCGUUGGGUAUUACGUCGCGCCUCUAGCAUCACAGUGCAAGCGAUUCUCCCGGCUGGCGUUUGGAUUGUUGUUGCUUUGGUUCAGACAAAUUACUACGUGUGUGCUCGCCUUGGUCCAAAGGAAGCCGCUCUUCGAAACGCUAUAACGAAUGCCAAUGGCACCCUCAGUUCUAAAGAAAUAAAACUUCGAAUUGAAAAUUUAUUUAGCGAGGCUGAAACAGAAUCGCAUAUCAUUGCUUGGAUUUUAUUCGUAUCUAUUAUCACCUUGGCAUUUUUUGCUGUUUGUAUUAGAAGAUGCUGGUUCCGCAGAGCUGAUGGAGAUCUCCUCGAGAUGGAAGAAUACGAUGAAUUAGAAGCAAAGGCGGCUGUUGAAUAUUUGACAGAAAAGAUGAAAGAACUCGCCAAGGAAGAAGGGGAAAAAUACGUAGAAGAUAAAUUGAAAGAGAAAGAAGAGAACGAGGGCGAAAGACGCAAUUGGGUGAGUGGAGUUCGAGACGAAGUUGCAAGAAUGUACCCAAGGAUGACCGGCAACCUUAGCGAACCUUACAAAGCCGCGGCAAAAGAAAAAGAUAUGGAAACGACAAUCAAGUAUGAAGUCGAGACAAAAACUUUACAAGGGAAAAUGAAUGGCAUUAUUGAAAGUGCGUUGUAAAAGAAAUAAGAUAAAGAAGUGAAACUUGUUAAAGCAAGAAUGAACUUAAUUUGAACUUGAUUGAUACCAGUCACUUCCAGUCCAUCACGUCCAAAGUUUACAAAGGCAGUCCAAAUAAAGUAACGAUUGUAGAGAUCAACCGUAUGGGUUUUAUAAAAACUAUGAAAUAAGAAAACAGAUAGCUUAAGUUAUUUUCCUAGCUAUUUUUUAACACAGGAAGACCAACAGAGAUUUUGAGAAAAAAUUCGCGCCAAGUGGUAAAUAUAACUAAUAUAUAGUUAUUCAUGAUAAUUCAGUAUAUGAAAGUUAAAAUAUCGAAUAAUAAUAAAUUAUUUGCCGAGAUAAUGUUGGAAAAACAGACUUGCCAAUAGACAAAUUUA